AAAGAAACCGCCCAUCACACACCCCAGCACACCAGCGGAGGAAACUUAUAACCUCAGGAGGCAGGUCCCUCCCCACUGCUGUCACACACCUCCUGAGGAACGGAGCUGGGCAGCCACUAGCUCCGGCCACUGCCACUCCGGGUGCCUCUGCCGCUGGGACCUUUGAGAAUUCUCUUUGCUCACCAGUUACCAAAAAAGCCAAGAUGUUGAUGUUACUGGCUGGUAUCUUUGUGGUCCACAAUGCCACCGUUAUUAUGCUGUUUGUUUCCACCAUCGCUAAUGUCUGGGUGGUUUCAGAUUAUGGAAAUGCCUCAGUAGGUCUUUGGAAAAACUGCACCGUUGGUCACUGUGAAGGCACCCUGACAUAUGGCCAUGAAGAUGCCCUCAAGGCGGUGCAGGCCUUCAUGAUCCUCUCCAUCAUCUUCUCCGUCAUCUCUCUUGUGGUCUUUGUGUUCCAGCUCUUCACCAUGGAGAAGGGAAACCGGUUCUUCCUCUCAGGGGCCACAAUGCUGGUGUGCUGGCUCUGCAUCUUGGUCGGAGCAUCCAUCUACACUCAUCAUUAUGCGAAUGGCCAAGGCACCCCUUUUGAAGAGAAUAGCCACCACGGCUAUUCCUUUAUCCUCACCUGGAUCUGUUUCUGCUUCAGCUUCAUCAUCGGCAUUCUCUACCUGGUCCUGAGAAAGAAAUAAGGCUGAACGAGUGUAUGGGGAUCUGGGGGGUGGGGAGGAGGAAGCAGUUGAAGAUGGGAGGGAAGUGGAAGUUACUCUGCAGAAAGAAGCGAAUGGGGAGGGGGGGCGGGGAAGGGGAGAAGAAGGGUGGGAGAGGCCAAAACCAUUAUUGAGGGGAUUCUCUACUGGCAAGCCCCUACCCUUGGGAGAAAGCUAUUGGCUAGUUCUUUGAUACUCCUCUGAUGGGGCUGAGAACCUCCCUCCAACCACCAGCUCGGCCUCCAGCUUUUCUCAGUUACACACACUGCCUAGGGCCUCAUCAGUUGCCAUAUCACUGACUCCACUUCUGAGGGUGAAUUCUGGGUCCCGCACUGAGGUCUACAGGCCUACUGCUCCAAGUUAAAGUAGCGGUACAAGUUCCUGCAAAAGCAGAUACCAUCUUUGUGCUGCAUUUUCUUUACCUAGAAGCCAUCCCACCCUUUUGAUCCAGUCUGAAGUGCCCAUAGAUGGGCUUUGGCCAGUGAGCAAGGGUUCCUCUUCAGGAAAGCUACAUAGCUCUGUGGAACUCAGUGGCAUUUGUAACAAAAUGGGAAGAAGAGAGAGCUCUUGUAAGGCUAGGUUGGUGGGUUAGCUAAACCAAGAAAGAGGGGUUGGUCAGAGCCCAGGCCAGGCCUCACAUGGCUGCCCCUCCUGGAGACCUCUUGCUAUGAACUUCACUAGGGCUCUUGCUUAAAACCAAGGCAACUCUUCUAGAGUUUCUUUGUAGCCACUCAUAACCAACUCAACAGUGAAAGCACCACAUAAACCAUAGGAUCAAGGGGCCGUCUUGCAAUUUUCUUAAUUGAAGCUGUAUUUUUGGGAUUCCCCUCAAAGUGCUCAAUGUUUAAGGAUCUAAUGGGAGAGAGAUGGGCAUGGCUUUUUUGUGAAACAGUCCUAUUACUCUUCCUCUAAAUUAUAAAUGUUUGAGGAAGUUUUGCCUAAUAAUCUGUAUAGGGGAUCAAGGCUUCUAGGCUCGGUAAUACCUCUAGCUUUGACAUUGGCUAGAGGAGACACUUCUCAGUGGCCUGCCUAUCCUGCUUCACAGGUGAGGCUUGGCAAUUCUGAAAGGUAAUUAAAACACAGUAAACCAAAAAAAGACAACAGGUCCUUUGGCGAAAGGUGCUAUAUAAUUGUGAAGUAUUAAGCAGACUACAUUCCAGUCAUGAUAAGAACAGAUGCCUGUGCUCCCAGGAAAAUAGAAAAACCAUGUGAGAUAAAUAAAAAUACAGGUGAUGGGCAGAUAGUUUCUUUAAAAAAAAAAGCAAAAACUUUUGUGGUACCCAGUCAGAGGGUGGUUGAGCUGUCUGUUGCCACAGAAGCAUUUCUAUAUAGGACUUAGAAGUAGCAUAUUAUUCCUGGUUAAGCAGGCAUUGCUCUGCUCUGAAGCAGCUAUUUUAAGCCAUCUCAGAUUCUACCUAAAGGGAGUAUUUUGGGGAAAGAUAUUGCUUUUUAUCACCCUGAGAAGAAGAUCUAUUCCAAGAAGAAUCUGAGAUAUCUUGCCUACUUUUCUUUGUCUGGCUUUCUCCUCAUCCAUUUCUUAUAUGCUUUUCCUUUUUGGGGAGUUGUUCUGCCAUGAUUGCUGGUAUUUAUAUAAAGGGACUAUUACUAAGUAUAUUUCUCUAUGUUUAUUCUAGUUAAGGGAAUGUUGAGGGCAGGCCACCAAAUUAUGUAGGCUGGGAGUAGAGAGAUUGGCCAGCAUAAAACUGUGGGAUAAUGAACUUUUAAAUUAUGAUUUAAUUAUCAUAUAAUUGUAGAAGCCUGUCUUUUGUACAGAAGCACAUUUACAUAUCAAAUAUAUCCAAAAGAGGUAUUUGCAUUUUGUUACAAAGUUGAACUAUGACUGGAGUAAACCAUGUAUUCCCUCAUCUUUUCCUUUUUUUUUUCUGUAACAUUUAUGUCACAUGUAAUUUGCAUUACAUUGGUGGGUUGUUCUAGUACUGUAUUUGGCUUCUUCGUUAAUGGAUUAUUUCAUAUACUAUAAUUGUAAAUAUUUUGAUACAAAUGUUUAUAACUCUAGGGAUAUAAAAACAGAUUCUGAUUCUC